UGUUCUAUCUCCACUUUUAGAAGAAAUGGAGUUAUUAUAACCAGUAAUUAAAGUAACUUCAAUAUUUUACAGAAAACAAAUUACAAGGUCAGAUUUUAAAGAAUUAUAGGAGUAAAUCACAAAAUUUUAUUGUCCUAUCUCAUUAAUGAAAGCAAAAUUUAGAGUUAUAAUGUUCUAUGUCCGAUAUCCAAUGACACUGCCCCAAAACAGUGACGUGAUCAUUUUCCAAAAUGGCGCCUGCUAGGCUUAACUUGUCUAAGGUCAUUGAUGAAGUUUUGAAGGACGAUGAAGAAGAUGAUGUUAUAAACAAGAAAGAGUGAGUACAUUUGAAAACUACAACCUAUGUCACUAAAAUUGUAAAGUUAGAAACAAUUAAAACAUUAAAAUAUACCCAAAACACCCUGAUUAGUGUGGCCUUGGAGAUAGAACAAUCUAAAUCUAAUUUCAUCUUAUUUUCCAUUUGGCGCGUAGACAUAGGUUUUUAAUUCUUCUCUCAUCUGUCAUUCAUUGUUGUAUGUCAAAUUUUAUACUUUGUUUCAUUUUAGGUCUGAUACUGUUAAAUUUAUUCCUAUUGGAAUUCAGCUUACACCCCAAUUAAGGGUAUUGUCCGAUAGUUCAUCAGAUACAAAUUCGGACAUUGAUGAUGAGGUAGCUGACCCAACCUUUGAAGUUAAUGAUGUUGCAGAAACAGACCCGGAAACUUCUGUAAAUGAAGACAAAAUAUCAAAGAGACUCAGUAGGAAACGAAAACGUGACCCAGCAGCAUGGAAGGCUAAUAUAAGUAGACGAGCCUGUCAGUCUGGAAAAGAAUAUGAAGACGUUAAGGGAAAUAUUAAACGAGCUAGACAAGUUAAAACUAAGAAGGACUGUAAGGGUAACUGCAAAUUUCAGUGUGCCAAGGUUAUCAGUGAUGCCGAACGAGAUUUUAUCCACAAUCAUUUUUGGAAACUGCCAGAUGAUAGAAAGUCUCAUUUUUAUGCACAGUUUACAGAAAGGCGAGUAAAAGCAAGAACUAGAACCCUUUCUGAGCAGUCACGUAGAAAAUAUUCCUUCCUCUAUUUUUUUGAAGUAGGUGGUGUUCGACACAGAGUAUGCAAGGAGUAUUUUUUGACAUCCUUGGAUAUUAGUCAAAGACGAGUGUCCUAUUUCUAUGACCAUGUACGACAAGAUCAAACACUGAUUCCCCGUUCACCAAUGAAAGGUAAGCACCCAAAACGUGUAAUACCUGAAGAUAGAAAACAGAGUGUGCAUGAUCAUAUAAUGUCAAUACCAAGAGUAGAGUCCCAUUACUGCCGUUCUACUACAAGAAAAGAAUACUUUGAAACCACAAUUAACCUGAAAAUACUGUAUGAAAUGUAUAAGGAGUACUGUAACGAUAGAACCAUUGUACCUGUACAGGAGCAUAUGUAUAGACACAUUUACAACUAUGAAUAUAAUAUUGAAUUCUUAAAACCAAAGAAGGAUCGAUGUGACAAGUGUGAAGAAUUUCGAAAUAAUGCUGAUGCUAGUGAUGAAGAAAAAGAAAAGUUUGAAGAGCACCUACGGAUGAAAACUGAAACAAAAGUAGAAAGAGAUAAUGAUAGGGUGAAUAAAGAAAGGGCUAUAAUUUGUUUUGAUUUAGAAAAUGUAUUAUCCCUUCCACGAGCUAAUAUAUCCAGUUUCUUUUACAGAAGAAAACUCUCAGUAUACAACCUCACUGCUCAUUGUUCUCUUGACAAAAAUGGUUAUUGUGCCAUUUGGAGUGAAGGUUUAUCAGGUCGUACAGGCAAUGAUAUUGCGUCCUCUCUAAUUCGCAUUCUUGAGAAAGUAAUGGGACGACAUCCUGAUGUUAAAGAUAUCGUAUUGUGGUCUGACUCAUGUGUAGCUCAGAAUCGAAACUCAAUAAUGUGCGUGGCACUGAAGGAUUUUUUAAAGAGGUAUCCCUUUGUUAAUUCAAUAACCCAAAAGUUCUGUCAGCCAGGUCAUAGCUCUAUACAAGAGGUAGAUGCAGUACAUAGUCUUAUUGAACGCACCCUUAAAAAAUGUGAAGUUUUCAGUCCAGUUAGCCUAAUGAGGAUAUUACCAUCUGUAAAUCGCAAGCACCCACUCAUUGUUCUGCAGAUGAGACAUGAGCACUUUUUUGAUUAUCAAUCAGUUAGCAAAUUGUAUAAAUAUAGUGAUAUACCAUUUACAAAAACUAAACAAAUUAUGUACCUUUCAACCCAUCCUUACCAUGUUUUAUAUAAAACAAGUCACACGGAAAACUUUCUUGAAGUAAGAAUAGUUGAUCGUAGACCUGAGAGAAAUAUUAAUCCAAAUCUAUUGAGCCCUUUGCCAAAAAUCAAAAGUAUUCCGAUAUCAAGUGGAUCUUUACUUAGUCAAGAUAAAAUUAAAGACCUUACUGCAAUGUUAAAAUUUAUGCCUGCUGUAGAUCGACAGUAUGUUAAGGCUAUUUGUAGAUUAUGAAUAAGUAGGCUCGCCUGUGCAACCUCAUGGAUUUUCUCCGGGUCCUCCGGUUUCCUCCCACUGCUAAAGACUCCUAAGCGCAAGCUAAUUAUUGAAAUAAAAUUGAACCAGGUCUUAGUCCCGAAAUGACCUAGUUUGUGUCGAGUGGACGUUAAAUCCAUUUCUCUCUCUCUAGAUUAUGAAUAUUUCGAGAUGAAAAUAUGUUAUCAAUAAUAAAGACUUUGUUGUUGGUGUUACUUCAUCUUGUAUAACUUUUUCAUGGUAUUUCAACAUUAUUAUCACAAAUUAACUUUAUUACCUUGGAAACAAAAAGACAGGAGCGAGUUGUUUUGACAACUUUAGUAAUAAAGGGUAAGUGCUUGUAUUUAUAUGACACAGAAAGUCAUUGACAUCAGGGUUUUGACAAAUUCCCUUUCAAACUUGGUCUAACACAUGUGCUUUACAUCAUAAGGCCUGGCAUUAUUGAGUCAAGUGACUCAAGCUUUUAUGAGACAAGGAGUAGAAUAACCUGCCCAACCUCUUGGGUUUUAUCCGGGUCUUCCGGUUCCGUCACACUGAUAAAGACCCCUACGUGCAAGUGAAUUAUUAGAAUAAAAGUCUAUCAUAUGUUAGUCUCGAAAUGGCAUAGUUUGUUUUGUGUGGACGUUAAGUUCUCUCUCUAUAACUUGAAAAGGUUAGAACCAUAAGCUGUGCUUAUUUCCAUAUUGUUUCGCUUUGUUAAUUAGACCAAAUCGACCAAUAUGGGCAUGUUACCAUGCUCAGAAAGACUAUUUUAUAGGAUAAUAUUUGUGUCAAGGUGUCAGAUUCGUGAAAGUAGUUUAUUUAUACGGGUAUGCGUUAUAAAAGCACAUACGAUUCUAUUCCAGUGUUAAAUGUAAAAUUUCCCUUGGACAUAGAACAAUUUUUCUCAUCUGAACUUACUCUUUGUUAAAAUUUCAAAAUUUUUUUGUUCUAUCUCCACUUUACCAAAAAUGGAAUGUGGCCCCCUUUUUCAAAAAAAGAUGAUAGAUUCAAAUCACACCAUAAACAAUCGUUAUGUUAGUAUUGCCUGUCAUUAAGCAAAAUUUGACAUAAAUACGCAUGUAAAAUUCUCGGCAUUGAAACACCACAUUUUCAAUGGCAUUUUUCUCAAAACUUGAAAAAAUGGACAUAGAACAAUAUAACUCUUGG